CACGGCUGUUCGGCUGUUUACUUCAACUCAGUCUUGAGCUGUGUUCGUGGAGGUUCAACCAUAAUUAAAGAAGUCAUGAAUUCAUUGCAAAUUGAAACACUACUUUUGAUAAGUUUAGUAAGUUUUACUGCGUCAGAAAUACUCGCUGGUCAAACUGUAAAGGAUAUUCUAACAAAGCACAAAUGUCUAUGCCCUUGUGGAAAAGAUUGGGAUGCAACCAAAGGAUUUGUCGUUCCGUUUGAGGAAGGCAAUUGGUUCGAAGCAGUGUCCUACUGCGCUAGCCAGGGAAUGUCGAUGCUGCAACUGCGGGACAAGUUCGACAGCCAGGAUCUGAAGCAAUGGCUCGACGACCACGGGUACGGAGCGGGGCAAAACUUUUGGAUCGGCGCCAACGACUUGGCCAAACCGGGGCUGUUUCGGUGGGGGCUUACGGCUAACGAGGUGACCUUCAGCAAGUGGGCCCGCGGUGAACCCAACUUUAUGACCGUCCGGGGAGAAACCGAACACUGCGUCGAGCUGAAUCCCAACACCAUGGAGUGGAACGAUUCGGGAUGUUCGAAGCGGCUGCACUUUAUUUGUGAAACAUUCUCGAAUUAGAUUUGCUUUAAUAAAAAGCUUUUAUUGACUAAAAACUAAUCUUCACAUAUGUAGUGUUGAGCUACGUGGCAGGAGAUAUCGUUCCAGGUCCACUUGGCAAAACGUCCAACUUCCAGGCAACGCUCUUCCACAAUGUCCGGUUGGCCAGCGUUCCAGUUGGUGUAACCGGUAAGUUUGGUAAAGUCGUGUGAAACCCAAAACCAGCUCCUGUUGUCAUCUCCCAGCUUCAUGCCACCAAUGUAGUAGAUAGACUUCCGAUGUACCUUGUUCAAGGUUUCCUCCAGCAAGGCUGCGUCCUCAGCAGAUGUGACCGUUGCCAGUCGUUGGCCAUUCCGGAGACAGGCGUUCCAAGCCCCAAGAAAGUCCACUCUUUGGUCGUGAUAAACGUGGUAGCGUUUCACUGGACUUGGUUUGAAUCCACCAUUUCCGCAGACACUGUCACCAGGAAAUACGAUUCGUUUUGCCUCAAGAUCAUUGGAGUCGAGUUCAGAUGCACAGAAACUUAACGAGAGAAUGAAACUUAGCAAUACUAGCAUUUUUGAAGCCAUACACUACUAGUUCAGUUGAUACUCGUUGGUAGAAUAAUCUCAUCAGAUUAGAAUUCUUUCUUUUUGCCUUUUUUACUUUGAUCUGGGUGUACAAUACAGGAAGCUCUAUAGUUUCAUUGAUGUCACCUUUAACCUUUAACUAUAUAAACUCACGAUAGUGUUCAAUUGAAGUAUAAAACAACCUUCUAGUGAUAGCAAUGCAGUACAACGCAGUGUUCUAAGCGCAUCUAAAAUGACCACAUCUAGAAUCUUGAAAAUUGUUCUGUUACUUUUAUACAGUUCAAUAACCAUCACCUCAGGGCAGUCAAAAAAGCAGUACCACGUGUAUUACGACAGGCUCGUGAAUUUCUACGGCGCGGUAAGUGCCUGUCACAGCUAUGGUCAGCGGUUGGCCACCGUAACCUCGGCGGAGGACACCAGCCGUCUGCAGCAGGCCAUCGCCAAAACGAGCCGUUCCGGGCUCUUUUUCACCGCUGGCUACGAUUCUGGGCACAACGGAGAGUGGGUUUGGUUCCCGAAUGCAACGAAAAUUUCCACCACCGGGUACAGCAAUUGGCACUCGAGCCAACCGGAUAACCACGAGGAGCGCUGUCUGGAGGUGGGCCGCUUCCCCGGGACCAUGUGGAACGACAUCUCUUGCUCGGCGGCGCUGUUUUAUAUUUGCGAGGAGCAAGAUUGAGACUGUUUGAGACUUUGUUUAUGUGUUUUGUUUCACAGUAAAAAUUAAUCAUGAA